AGAAUAUUUACUAUCACAUUUACAACCAUAUUUAUACAGUGGAGGACUUGAAAGUUGUACACUCUCAAUAUUGCUAUAGAAACAAAUCAUGCUUUUAGUUUUGCAAAGAAGCGGCAGUCUAUCGAUUGUGCCUAGGCAAAGCAUGAUGGGACAGCAUCACAACGACAGGAACUAGUAGGAACUUGUCAGGGCUAUUAGUUUGGCUAAUUUUAGGAUGAUGUGUUGAUAUUAUUUAAACGUUGUGGUGAUUAGUGGGCUUUUAGUUAUUGUGUGUGAAUACUGUGGCUUAGAUUACAUCAGCAAUGGGAAAUAUAUACACCGUUGGACCGAACGAGGCGCUCAUAGUAUCAGGUGGCUGUUGUGGCUCUACUAAGAAGAACACCAUAGUGGGAGGAUGGUCGUGGGCGUGGUGGUUCGUCACGGACGUCCAGAGGCUGUCGCUCGAGGUGAUGACGCUAAACCCCAUGUGCGAGAGCGUCGAGACGGCCCAGGGCGUGCCUCUCACCGUCACCGGCGUCGCAGAAGUGAAGUCGACAGUGCUGCAGACCUUGGAGGGACACCUCAGAGCCAUUCUAGGAACGCUAACAGUAGAAGAAGUAUACAAAGAUCGAGACCAGUUCGCAGCACUGGUGCGAGAAGUUGCCGCUCCUGAUGUGGGCCGCAUGGGCAUUGAGAUCCUCUCCUUCACCAUCAAGGAUGUAUAUGAUGAGGUUCAGUACCUGGCCUCUCUAGGCAAGUCACAAACGGCAGCUGUCAAGAGGGAUGCCGACAUUGGCGUAGCGCAGGCCAACCGAGAUGCUGGCAUCAGGGAAGCAGAAUGUGAGAAAUCUGCAAUGGAUAUCAAGUACAAUACGGACACAAAAAUUGAAGACAACUCAAGAAUGUACAAGUUACAGAAAGCACACUUUGACAAGGAAAUCAACACUGCUAAAGCAGAAGCGCAGCUGGCAUAUGAGCUGCAGGCAGCAAAGAUCCGCCAGAGGAUCCGCAAUGAGGAGAUUCAAAUUGAGGUUGUUGAACGAAGAAAACAAAUUGAAAUUGAAGAGCAAGAAGUUCAAAGAAAAGAGAGAGAGCUCAAUGCUAUGGUACGACUGCCAGCCGAGGCAGAAAGCUACCGAGUCCAGAUGAUUGCUGAAGGAAAAAGAACUCAGACAGUAGAGGUAGCCAGAGCUGAGGCAGAAAAAAUCAAGAAAAUUGGAGGCGCAGAAGCAUAUGCGAUUGAGGGAGUUGGCAAAGCAGAAGCAGAACGUAUGCGCAUGAAGGCAGCUGUGUACAAGCAGUAUGGAGAUGCUGCAAUCAUGUCUUUAGUUCUGGAGGCAUUACCGAAGAUUGCUGCUGAAAUUUCUGCUCCGUUAGCCAAAACAGAAGAGAUUGUCCUUCUUGGAGGAGGAGAAAGCAAUUUGACAGGAGAACUGACAAGGCUAGUGGGCCAGGUACCUCCAGCUGUCCAUGCCCUCACUGGUGUUGACUUAACAAAGGUGCUGAGUAAAGUUCCAGGAGCAAAGUAAUAUCGGCAGUUCAUUCCCAUGCCAAGGUGCCACUUAGGGGAUGAGAAACAGUGUCAUGCCAUUGAUGGCCAUUACUAGCCAUCAUGCCUGUUAAUGGUGGGGAAAAACAUCAUGAACACUUCACAAAUCUCUUCAUCUCUUUCUCAGGUACAGUCUUGCGCCUAGUAACAUAAAGUUAAAAAAAAUAUCUUCAGAGUAGCAGUUCUUUAAUACAAAAGUACACAACUACAUAAAGUAACAAGUGUAAGCAGAACACUAAGACAUGAAGCUUGUAACUAUAUCUGACCUGUGUUAGUGUCCAUGAAUCCACUGACUGUAUCGCUUUACCCCAUUGGAAAAACCUUCACAGUCAGUGUCAAUAAUCAGUUUUAUUCUGGGCUUGGGUCUUAUAUCCGUAAUGGCUUAGUAGCAUGAUGUAAUAUGAGCCUUAUAGGUUUACGCCCUCUUAUAUUUGUAAGUUUAAGUUGGAUUCCUUUGAAAUUAUCCUAAGUACAAUAUGUAUUAUAAUCUUUGUUAUUUCUCUGUUGAUGAUAAAAAGUUGAUUAUUUUUUCUAAGAUUUAAGUGCAUCCAGAUAUUUCUUAAAAUUCACAGUGUUAGUUAUGAUAUAAAAUGUUUAAUAGAUUUGUUGUGAUAUGUUAAGAGAAAUCACAUCCAUUAUUCAUUAUUAUGCUUGAUUAAGCAUAAUGCAAAUUUGAGCUUAUAGUAACUGCUCAUUUAUCUAAUUUUGGCUUCCUAACACAAAGUCAUGAUAGUAAUCCAUAAGAACAUAUCUUGAAUAUUUGGCACUGUCAUUUUGAUCCAUUCUAUUUCUUCAUCCUGCACAUCAGUUUUUGUUCUGACUGUUAGAGAAUUGUCUGGUUGUAGAUGUAAUUUAUUUCUGCUUUUAUGAUUUCUGCUCAUUUAAAUGUAUAGAACUUAAAAAUAAAUUGUGCUACAUUAAAGGUCUGAAACAUUGACCAUUCACAGACAGUGGAUUUAUGAGUUAUUUCAUUUAUAAUUGCAGGUCAGGUUGAUAUUAGGUCAUGUCUUUAAAAAGUAAUAAAUAAACUUUGCCAUUCUUGCAUUAUGUGAUAAUACUGUUUAGCUAUUUGCCUUCUCAGAUGUGGUGUGAAGAAUUGGUUUCACUGUAAAUGUGUAAUAUCUUAAAGAAAUGAACGUAACAAAUGAAAUAUCACUUAUAGUUAACUUAAAUAAGAUUUGAGAUCUUCAUGGUUGUGUGUCUGUUAUGGUGUUCUGGAUUGUGACGCCAUAUAGUCUUGUAGGUUGUUACCAACAUUUUGGAGAGGAAUCUGUUGUCUUCAUCUUCAUUUGAAGUGGAUACAUACAAGUUAAAAGUUUUAAAACACCCUGCUUACUUUUGAUUGGUCUUUUAUGAAUGUGUUUAUGAGAGGUAAGAUGCUCAGAGUGGCUUUGUGAUAGUGGGCAGUGUUGAAUCCAGAAUUUGUGUGCCAAGAAGUUACUAUGUCAGUUGUUAAAGAGCAUCUUGUCAUAAGAAAAGCAAAUUGUCUGGAGGAAGGAUAGCAACAUGAGAUUUUUCUAAACACAUAGUAUAUUUUGAAUUAAGCAACUGUAACAUUCACAUUUUUUUGCACUCCAGCUUCAUAUUCAGUAGGUUCUGGGUUCAAAUAGUGCCUUAAAUUAGGCCCCAAAUUUUUCCUUAUUUUUACUUUACAGUUAAUUAUUUUUUAAUCAUCCAGUCAUUCAACAUUUAUAUUCUGAGCUUACUGACAGCAAAUCUACACAAUCAGUUGUGAUAACUCUGGUAGAGAUAGUCUCCAAAACAAUGUGGCUGUUUGUUCAAGAGCAUUUUAUUGCAUUUGUUUGAUAAUUGUGAACGGUUACCCACCAUUGGUGUUGUAUGAUCAAGUAAUACAUGGCAAUGUUGGAGUGGGACUAUAACUGGAUUCAACACUGAGCGUUUGACUUUUGCUGAUUAUCAUCUGGACUCAUUAAAGGGAUUGCAACUAGAAAGUCAUAUCACAUGCAUGCUUGGCAAAGUUUUGCUCUUUUAUUUUAUUAAAGCAAGUGGGCUAAGAUUCUGUAAUGUGUUCAUUGAAGACCCACUCUGCCCCUGUACUCUGAUGUGUAGAUGGGGUCUUGGUUCAUCAUUACCUGCAAAUGAUGGCCAUUAUUAUUUACAGGAGAAACAGCAUUUGUCCAUUCUAGAAUAAAAUAUUAUUUGAAAUUCUUUUAUCUAUAUGCAAGCAAAUUAAUAAUAACAACAACAAUAAUAAUAAAAUAACAAAUGGCUGCACAAUAACAAUAAAUGGAAAAAUAAAUUAUUUACUACUACUGUGUUGGUGCAUAAGCUCAUAAGCGUUUGCUAAAACUUUUAACAUACUCAUAUACUAUUGGGCAAAAGACAUCUGUAAGAAUUCAGAAUUUUCUUUUUAUUAUCGCGUGGCUUGCAGUACAGCAAACACUCCUGCUCUUUUAUAUGGAUUCAGGAAUAUGACAUAUAUGUUUCUCAGAGUUCAGAAGCUUAAUGAGUUGAAGAUUUGUGGAGUAAUGCAUAUAAAUAAACAGGAUUCUCUGGUACAAAUUAAGCUCUGAACGUUUGUGUAAAUGUAGUUUACAGUCACAUAUGAAUAUACUGUAAAUAGAUUGAUUUCUCUAAGAAAAUGGACGUAAUAACUUAACCAAACAUUUUCAUGUCAAUGUAGUUUGGAUCCAUCAUUAAUUUACAUGAGUUUUUGCAGAAAUAUUACAAAGAAACUAACUGUUGUGAUUUAAAGUGCUGGAUGACUAUUAUUUGUAGUAUGUUGCUGUUUAGAUGUGACCCAGAAUUCUGACCAUAGUACGUCAAAAGUCUUGCUUGUUUGAUAUUGACACAAUUGCAUAGACGGUUUCAGUUGAGUUUGCAUUAAAUGAAGAAAUUUACAAAUGAUGAUAGUUCUGGGUCAGAUUUGAACCAUGUUCAUAGUUUCUUUCUUGAAAUUCAUUCUGUGAAUGCAUAUCCUCAUUUUAUGCACAAUGUAAUUUACUUAUGAGCAGGGCUCCAGUAAUACUACUUAAAUUUAUUAGCCACUUUACAGAUUCCACUCAAGGAUAUAUCUAGACACUGGCAAGAAAUGUGGUUGCCACUAAUCUCUGUCACCUUGCCUGAGAUUAGUGGAAGAGCAUGUUUAUGGAGCCCUGAAUUUAAAGCAUUGGACAUGAAUCUCUAAACAAGAUGUACCAACAGCACAGAAACGUUUUUUGAAACAAUUAUAUUAAAAUAUUUUUUGUCUUUCCUUCAUCUGAGAAAGUUGAAAAACAUUUUAAAAAAUCCAUAACUCAAAUUAAUAUGAAAUAAAUUAAAAUAUAGUUGCCAUUGUCAUUAUGACAAAGAACUACUAAUUCAAUUAGCUUAGGGGAAAGAUAUUUUCCAAAGAUUCAUCUGUAUUUUUGUACUCUUCUUUAUAAUUAGUUUCUCAUAUGUAAUUGAACUGUGCUUUUCCUCCAUUAGGCACCUGGGUAUGUUUUGCAGAAAUUUUUUUGCAUUAGCUGUAUUAUCUAGAAAGAAACUGUAGAGUUCCCAUUUCUGGAAACAGAAAUUUUUGUUGAUUUGCUUUUUAUUUUUAACUCUUUGAAGCAAGUGUUUAAUUACUUCUUUUAUUUUAGUAGUUUAAUUUCUCCCCUCCUAAGUUGCAAACAUUUGAGUAAAGGAACAAAAAUGUGAUACCUUUAAAUUAAAAUAAAUGGUCACUAUAAGAUAGAUCAUUUUAUUAAGAAACUAAAACAACAAGGCCUUUGCUAAAACAUAUACCCCACAAGCUUUGUAUGGGGUUCGUCCAGAAAGUGAGGAAGGAGGAGUUCAGAGUGUUAACAGUUCUGAUGAUGCAUGUAAAGUGUAAUAUUAUAAACAAAACAAAACUAUGAAGUGCAUUAAGUACAGAAAUUGGAAAGAGUAACUGAUAACUAUUGUUAAGGAAGUGGAACUGAAAGGUAUGGGAAAGGCAUUAGAAAAUAAGAAAAAAUCACUGCCGCAUCUCCCUAUAUUGUUGUGCGUUUUCCUGUAGUGGACUGUUUGUCAGAAUGACACACGUUGCGUUUCCAGUGACUUGUUUUCAUGUGUGAACUGAGUGUAGCUUAUGAAAAGUUUAUAUAUAUAUAUCUUCAUUUAAUUUCUAUUAAAUGGGAAUUUAGCUGGCAACAUUCAUUCUUUAUUCCUUUACAGGGUAAUCUUAUUUAACAUAAAUAUUUGUGUUGUUAACAUAUUUAAGUUUAAACGAGUGUAAAAGAUUGUUGAAAUUCAACAGGGACCUUCUCUCACCAUCUUUCAUCAUUUCCUUUACAACUUUCAUAUCUUUAUCAUAUUCCCUCCUUUCUUUCUCAUCCAUUCCACAUUUCUGUCUCCUUAACCCUUCUCACCCUUCCUUGCUACCUACCAUGUGUCUCUUCAGUUUUCACAUCACAUUAUAAAUGUAAAUAUUUAAAGAUAUGACAGACACGCAUAUACUACUCUGUAAUACAAAUCUAAAAUAUCACUCGAAACAAGUGGCAGAACAACAAUGAAAAGUAUCUUCUUUGCUACACCAUUUUUUUCUGUGAGGUAAAGGUGAAAGUCUGUGCACCAAUGCCAUGUAAUUCCACUGUAAUUUUCAAUUCUUAAGCAUUAUUGAUUGCAUACCAAGGUUCAUUAAAGUGUUGUUAUUUCCCAAAAUUGUCUUCAGAAUAUGUGAUUUGGAAACAAGAUUUAAAAAGUUGGUUGUACAAUAGUGAAAUCAUAAUAGUUACCACAGAAAGCAAGAAAGUAUUUUGAAACUGACAGAUAUUAUUCUGAAGAUUAUUUUGAAGUAAUUCUCAAGUGUGUAAGUUUGCUGGAAACAUACCGUGUAACCCUCUCCUCUCCCCUCACUCAAAUUGCAACAAUAUAUACCAUUUACACACGAUAUUUUUACUUGUAGCUAAUAUUUUAAGAAAACCAAAUGUGUACUCUUUUUAAAUGGCUGAUUUUAUGUCCCUUAGAAGAAUGAUGUCGUGUUAGUUCAGGGGCCUUCAGUCUAAAUAUUACAGCAGAAUUCUUGAAGGUGUUUGAAGACCACUGUUCUAGUCUUUGUAAGCAAUACAAGGAAAAUGAAGUCUGUCUACUGGAAUAAAUACUGGAAAGUUUUUUGUAUAGACACAAAAUAAACAAACAAAAUUAGCAAUUAUUAGUGUUUAAAGCUACAUUAUUAUGAAGUCUAACACAUAAUGAGUGCAUAUUUUUAAUAAAUGGAGGCAAAAAUUAGUGUAA